AUGCGUCACUUCAAAGACCGUUGCUCCACACCACAACUCCCCAUGGAAUUUCAGACCUCACGCACACGAUUUCCCUUCAAAACCCCCAAAACCGCAACAAAUGAGUCGUCACAGCCCACCAUGCACUCCCACACGCUUUCCAAAUCCACAGAUCGUACCGACGACACCAAAACCUCCACCCGCACCGAUGACACGGAGCCCUCCUCCAUCAUGGACAACAGUCCCAGCACGAGAAAUUUCCCGGAAAACAACGCGCCCACCACAACCUUCGAAGGCAAGGGAAAAUCAACAUCCAACGUCCAAACCUACCAAAAACCAUCUCCGCCCUAUAAAACCGCGCGACGGAAUAUCUUCCCCAAGUCUGAGGCCGCGGACCAGUUAGUCGAGAAGACCGAGGCCAUAAUAUCGCGCGCCGAGGGAGUGAUGCGACAGUCGGAGUACGCGGUUAAUCAUGCAGAAGAGACGGUCGUGCAGGCGCAGAGUAUUGUGAAAGCUGCAGAGGGAAUUCUGCGACAGGCGGAGAAUACGGUGGUGGCGGCGGAGAGGAAUGUUAGGAUGCAGCAAAUGCCUACGAAGAGGUUUGAGUGGGAGGUUGGUGCGAGGAAGGCGCAUGAGGUGGAUUUAUUUCGUUUGGAUCCUGGUGGUGAGUACUCUUGUAAACUGAAUGUGAUGAGGUCUCGUGACUGA